AAGGCAGUAUGUGAACGCAACGCGGGGAGAGCGGGCGGUAGCUGGUCUACGCUCGGUACAAUCCUCCAAGCUGCGGUGCUGCUACGGUCUAUCGGCCGGUUACGUUAGUUAGCGUCCUGCCUCUGUGAACACACCGCAAAAAUAGAUACAUUUUUGUAAAACCAGCGCCAACCCGCAGCCAUGGCGGCCGAGACCGACAAGGUAGAGCCUGCGGAUAGCGAACAAGACGAGGAAGAAGAUGUAUACGAAGUGGAGCGGAUCAUUGACAUGAGGGUUGAAGAGGGUGAAGUGCUUUACAGAGUCCGCUGGAAGAAUUACUGUUCUGACGAUGACACUUGGGAGCCAGAGGCCCAUUUAGAGGACUGUCGCGAAGUCCUUUUAGCUUUUAAGAAGUCCUUGGCUGAUGCUAAGGCCAAGAAAGAAGCAGAAGCCAAGAAGAGCGUGAAACUGCUGCCUACAAAAAGUGACGUGUUUGAUGCAGACUCAGAGAGUGACAGUGACAAAGACCGUCCAGCUGAGGCACCAGUCAAGAAGAAGAAAAAGAAAAAGAUCCGGGAAGAAGAAGAGGUACCAGUUCCAAAGGACAAAAAGAAGAAGAAGAAAGACAAACGGAAGGAGGAGGUCAGGCCUCUACCUGCACCAGAGACGGACGAUGAAGAGGAAGAAAGGGCCCCCACCACACCCUCUCCACCCAGGGAGAAAAAGACUGAAUCAAAAAAGCGAGUGGUUGACUCUGAAGACGAUGAUGAUGAGCCUGUUCCCUCCAAAAAACACAAAAAGGAAAAGGGAAAAGAGGGAGGAAAGCAUAAGAAAGAAAGGGGAGAGGAGGGGAAGAAAAAGAAGGUGAAGAAGGAACGGAAGAUUGAAACCUCUGAAGAUGAGGCUGUUGCACCUGUAGAAGAUGAACUGAGUGAGGGCCCAUCAGAGUCCCAAAUGGACGACACUACAUCGACAGAAACUGUAACAAAGUCAUCAGAAAAGGCACGUUUGGAUGAUAAGACCAAACAAAAGAAGGGAAAGUGGGAGGUAAAGCUGCAGGGCAUUAAGGAUCUCAUCCAUGACAAAAAGAGCAAAAAGCCAGACACUUCCCAGAAAGAAAGCAGCCUCCAAAAACUAAAGAGCCUCACCUCUAAAAGCAAGGAGGAGAAUGCUCCACAUUCAGACUCAAGUGAUAGCUCCACCCUACAUAAAAAGGCAAAAAGCAAAGGGCAGGAGAGCUUGUCAGCUCCCUCCAAAGUCCCAUCUUCCUCCACAUCAUCAUCGUGCUCGUCAUCUUCUGUUACAGCACCUAGUAGUAACAAGGUUAAGGAGGACGAGGUGGUUAAAGAAGAGGUGUUGGGACAGAAGGAUGCCGCAGGCUCCACUAACCUGUUUGAGAAGUUCCUAUUGAACUGUGAGGCCAAGGAUCGUGCCCCCCGCCGGCAACCAGUUCAUCAGCCCCCACCAGAGAAGAGCAGCAGCAAACCCACAAAGCUAAUAGGAAAGAUUGAGAAGAUCCCCAGGACUUCCAAAGAGUCUCCAGUUCAGAAACCAGAGCCUGAGAAGACAGAGAGGACUAAGCAGUCAGAUGUUCCCAGACCCGGCCAGAGUUAUGGUUUCAGCCUGGACAGUGAUAGAAGGAAGGAGAAGAAACUACAGCAAAGCAAAGGACCUGGAGAGGAUUCACGGGAGCGGAAGGAGAGGCCAGAGGAGAGGCCUAGCUGGGAUAGGAGAACCCCAACAGAUGACAGGAGGAAGAGGAGAGAGGACAGUGAGCCCAGACUCUUCAUGGCAUGUGAUGACAAUCAGGACACCCAGGACCCACCAGAGGGCGCUGACAAAUCAGACAAGGGCCAAGCCACUUUGAGCCUUGGAAUGGACCUCAACCUGGACUGGAUGACUCUGGAUGACUUCCAGAAACAUUUGAAUGGAGAGGAUGAGAUCCUGUCAGGUCCACCAUUGUCACCAAGUGAGUUGCGGGAUGCUGUGAAAAGUGGAGAUUACAUGGCUGUAAAAUUAGCACUUAAUUCCAAAGAGGACUACAAUCUGGACCAAGAGGAUGUUAGUGGUAUGUCCCUGAGCAUGCUGGCAGCAGCAGGGGGGCAAGACGACAUCCUCAGGUUGCUGAUAAAGAAGGGUGUGAGAGUGAAUGGACGACAGAAAAAUGGCACUACAGCCCUAAUGCACGCUGCUGAAAAGAAUUUCCUGACAACUGUUGCUAUCCUGCUGGAGGCAGGUUCCUACGUCAAUGCUCAGACAUUAGGCGGGGAGACGGCACUGAUGAAGGCGUGUAAAAGAGGGAACGCUGAUGUGGUGCGCCUCCUGCUGGAGUACGGCGCUGACUGCAACAUCUUGUCCAAACACAAGAACACGGCCAUGUAUUUCGCCAAGCUCAGCAACAACCUGAUGGUCUGUGACCUCAUCAAGGACCACAUCAGCAUGUUGUCCAGUGUGGCAGAGGACACCAUCCGAGCAUACUUUGAGUCCCGUCUGGUGCUACUAGAACCCGUCUUCCCUCUGGCCUGCCACAGGCUUUGUGAGGGGCCAGACUUCUCCAUGGAGUUUGGCUUCAAGUCACAGCCACAACCAGAGGGCUCAGGAAUCCUACUCUUCAUCUUCCACGCAAACUUCUUGAAUGAGAUCACAGCCAGACUUUGCGGACCUUGCAGCGUCCACGCCGUGGUGCUCAACGACAAGUUCCAGCUGCCCAUAUUCCUGGAUAGCCACUUCAUCUACUCCUUCAGUCCAGUCCCAGGCAUCAACAGACUCUUCAUUCGUCUUGCAGAAGCACCAACAGCCAAGGUCAAGCUCCUCAUCUGUGCGUACAGAGUCCAGCUGCAGUGAUGCCCCCUCAUAGGUCAAAGGCCUGGCCAACACAGCAAAACACACAAAUACACACUGCCACACAUAACUGAGCAGUGGCUGAAAUGCUCUGCCAGGCUCACUGUUCUUUAAUAGAGGAAGAGUCUGUUGGAUCUUUGUCACCGUGAAGUGAAAUUAAAAGCUGGCUUCCUCUGACGUCAGUGCAAAUUCCCAAAGACUGAAGCUCAUUGAUGACAUUUGAAUCCUGUCCAGACCACAGCUCUGUGUUGGCCUACAUUAUGCAGCACAAAUCCGAGGAUCUUGCGAGGUCAAGUAAACGUCAAGCAGCCCGUCCAUUUGUUUGGUGACACCUUUGCUACGCAGUUUCCGGGUGGAGGGAGGUAGUCAGAAACGUUAUCCUCUCUCAACUUCCAAGAUUGAAACCCUACUGGGUUGUGCCUCCUUCCACCUUCUGUCAGAGUGUGUUGUUUGUAGCUUGUGUGUACGUGUGUAGAUUUUUGGGUGCAUUUGAAGUGUGUGUAAGGAGGGGGUUUCCCAUCACUUUUUUCCCCCCUAUUUUUAGCAUAUAUCUUGGACCAAGUUAGUGCUCUCCCACUCAAAUCGUUUUUGGUGACACAUCACUUUAUAAUGGACUUAUAUCAGUAUGCUAACUUGUGUAUCAUUGUUGCCACUCUUUCCUAAAGCUAUGAUGUGUAUUUGUUGUCAAAUGUGGUAUGGCUAUGUUGACAACAAAUGGGAAAUAGGUUUUCCAAUAAUUUCCCAUCUCGGUCACAUCACUUUAAGAGAGCGAUAUACGAGAUAUGACACUGACUCGACUCACCUAGGGCACAAACACAAUACAUGUGCAUCCUUUACUCGCCCAGUGUCUUGUUCACUUUUCCACAAGUUAACACACCAAAAUGAGUUGAUUGUAAAGUGAGAUGUUGAGUUUUUAUGAAAGAAGAAAAUUUUGCCUUCCCUGUUGUUGUUAAUAUUUUCUGGUAUGUACAUAUUCACAUACUAUAUAUAAAUAUAUACAUACUUAUAUACAGUUAUAAAGUCAUUGGAUGACUGCGAAUGUUUUGUUGCUUUUUUGCCACUGUAGGAGUGGGUUAAGUUAUUUAGUGUGUACAGUAAAAAGUUCUGAUGUUAAUUUACAUUUAAGGGCUAAAAAUUUCACUUUAGACCAUCCGCCCUGCUUGUAAAGGUUAAAGUGUUUCAAAAUUGAAAAUCUUCUUAGUCACGUGCUGACUGCUGCAGUUUCUUUUUUUUGUUGUUGUUGUUGUUGUUGCUUUUGGUUUUUUAACAGGAACACUGUACCAAGCUCGUCAGUGCAGGACUGCCUAGUCAAAACUCACUUCUCACUAAUGGUCUUUUUCAUUGGUAAUUGAAAAGCAUAGUUGAUAUUAAAGGAGCCCCUCUAUGGUAAGACAUAAAUACCAAAUGUUGUGAGAACAUGCCUUGAUUUUAGCUGUGUGAUAUUUCCUAUGAACUCAGCAAUAUAACUUCAAAUUUUGAAGCCGUGCUGGUGAAAAUUUAUUGUUUUUUUUCUGUGUUGCAGUCAGAAACUCAAAUUGAUGGGGGCUCUCCAUGCUGCCUUAAUAUCCACAGUUCUCACAUCAGUUUCUUGUGUUUUUGUCUUUCAAAGUUGAAAAGUUAAGGAGGAAUAUACUUAGUCGUACUAUUUGUUUAAAAAGUUAUUACCAACAAGCUGAUAUUACAAAAGGAACUAGACUACUGUCCUCGCAAGCAGAGAAUAUAAUUGCCGCUGUUUUUCUUAAGUAGAUGACAGAUUUAAAAGUUAUGGUUUAUUCAUUCUAGUACAAAAACCUGUUCAGAAUAUCCUCUGAAUUAAUGGAAGCAUGUUCACAUUCAGUGCCUCAAACAGCUGGUUCUCCCAAGAACCUUCCCUUUAAGAAAACCUCAGUCCUCCACUUUUUGGAUUCUGUCACUUGCUGAUCAGUCAUGUCAUUAUAGAGCUCCUUCACUUCUUGCUCACCUGGUGUCAUAGCUUUACGCUCAGUUUAGUCAUAACAGGAGAAAUGGAUGUUCCAGAAAUCAUGCCCAAUGACACCUUCCCUCCUGCUGACACUGUAAAAAUAUUUAUAUUCUAACUUUAUCCCUGACCUAACAAUUUGACUUAUUUUACUUCACUCAAUGGCGGCAUUAAGUGGAAGCAGGACUUUAAAAACUCAGCCAAAGAAAUAUGAAAACUGGCUUUAGAUAGUUUUCAUCUUUUACCCUAUUUGUCUUGUUACAAAGUGCAAAGUCUGGGGGCUGUUUGAGGAUUAUCUGUAAAAACCAAAGAUGGCUACAGAUCAGACCUUAACCAGAGGUUUUGUAUGUUUUAGCUCAUUUAUUACAUACUUGGCUAUUACAGCUAAUCCCUGUGCUUUGUUUCAUAGUUUUUUAUAUAUAUUUUUUCCUAUUUUUCCAUGCAGUGAUUAGUUCAAAAUCAAAAGUAGACUCUUGAAAUGUGUUUGAGAUGUGUAAAACAUCACAGUGAACAUUAAAUCUGACACUGAUUUUUGUUUAAAGACAUAUUAUCAUUACCCCUGUACAGACUUAUCAAGUCAACCAGGACUUUAAACUGUUAUACUCCACCUUGACAAUGAUGCUUCAACAAAAACGAAUUACAGUACCACAGCAAUUGGAUGGAUUUCACCUAUGUAGCUGGGUUUCAGGAGUUUACUAAUUGAUUAUCACACAGCGUGGAAAUGAACAGAAGUCUUUGUCUGCCUGGAAAGAAGGAAAAAUAAUUUAAGAAAUCAGAAACUUUCAAGCAUGCAUUCAAAAACUGUUGGUGUGAUGAACAACACUGGGUUUGUAGUCAAGAUAAAAAUAGUAGUAUGGUUCUUUACGAGUAAAGUGAACAGGCUGUUUGUCGAGGAGAAGUGUUGACCAACAUUUUGUUUUGAUUCUAUUAGUUUUAACCCUUGUGGUUUUCUGACUUCGCCAAUCCCCAUCACUCCUGAAGACUAUUCAGUUCUUCUGUUUUGCCUCUAAAAACUCCUAUGUACGCCUUUAUUUUGAGUGUUUUGACAAUAUUUGGCUCUGAGUGUUUCCCACAGGUAGAUGUGCGGUAUGUGAGAAUGAGUGUCCUCACUGUUGUUUGCAUAGAUGCUGCAGCCAGUCACUGCUUUACCCUGAGGCCGUUUUCUCUGUCCUAAAUAAAACGUGUACAUAUAUUUCCACA